CAAGGAUUUCAAGGCUCAGAGCUGCCAAAGGGAGCUCCUCGCCAAGUCGCCGCGGGCCAUGGUUGAUCUUCUGCAAACAGGUCUAGAUGCCAUGUCGCGCGAGGAACUGAUGGACUUGGUGUUGCGGACCAACCAGACGGACCGCCAGAAGAAUCAUUUACAGGCCUUGAUGUCCCGACGAUCUGGCGUGCAUGCCAAGCUGGAAACUGCCAUCGCCUCAUCACAGAAGCGAGCAUCUAAGGCCAAGACCAUGGAUGUUUGCUUCGCAAUUGACUGCACAGCUUCCAUGGCAUCCCGGAUCGACGGGGCAAAGAGCAAGAUUCGUGAGAUCCAGAAUUGCAUUUGCGAGUACUUGAGCGAAGGUGGCAGUGUGCGCUUUGCUGUCAUAGGAUAUCGAGACUAUCAGUAUUCCAGGCAGAGUGAAGUUCUGAAGCUCUCAGAGGAUGUUGCAAAGGUUGAAGCUUUCUUGCAGAAGUUGACGACUCCCCACCCAGGGCCGCAGCGUGAUGUCUGCGAAGAUGUGAUGGGGGGCUUGGAGGAAGCACUCCGCCUUGAGUGGCAGGCCGCAACACGCAUCCUGUACUUGUUGUGCGACGCGCCGGCCCAUGGUUCACGGUUUCACUGCUUGUCCAGAAGCGAGGACCAUUUCCUAGAGGACCCCAAGCAGUGGGCAGCAGAGAAAGUCUUUCAGCGCAUGGAGAAACUGCAGCUGCACUUUGUUGGCAUGCGAUUCGACCAAGCGCACUGCGCCAAGAUGUUCGAGGUCUUUCAGCAGCUGCGGCUGGGCGCCCAUCAGCUCAACCUGCACACCGACGUUCUCACCUGGCAGGAUGCUUCCGCUGACUUUGCAACGAUGGUUUUGAAGAGCGCGUCUCGGAGUAUCACAGCUUCGUUGAAGGGCAGCAAAAAGAAUGUCACCCCACCAGCAACCCACAUUCCACGCCAACUGCGGCUCGAGGUGGAAGAAUCCGUUUCCUGGGCGGAGGCUGGCAUGUGGCCGGAGCACAAGGUGCUGCUCACGUCGCUCACGGUGUUUGGAGUGCAGAAGUCGCCCACCAGCAACUCGACGGUGCAAACACUUCGUGUCAGGCCCACGCCUUUUGGGGAGGGCAACAUGCGGUAUGCCUUCCCGGCGCUCAGAAGUGAUGACACCCAAGUUGUGCUGAAAGUGGACAAAUCAGGGCACUAUGAUGACAACGAACGUGUCCUGGCAGAUGUCAAAACCCAAGCCUAUGCUCAGCGGUUUGCGAUUGAGUUCUCCAAGCUUUUGCCACACGCUCCUCUGCAAUUCUUGGACAUCCAGAUGGUUGCUUUGCCCAAGUGGCCGUACUCCUCCCACGCGACCCUGGAGCGACUUGUGCCCGGUUCUUACGAGAAAUACACCAACAACUGGAGCUACGUGGCAGGGCGGGCGGAAGUUGCUGAGGCACUUUCUCACUUCUCUUGGUUUCAUUCCGGUGGAGACAUGAUGGUCUCGGAUAUCCAAGGGGUGGGUGGCGCAAUCCUCACGGAUCCACAGAUCCACACUGCCAGCAAGGAGGGUUUUGGCAGGGGCAACUUGGGGACGGAUGGCAUGGAUCAGUUCUUCUUGCAGCACAGGUGCAACUCUUUCUGCCGCCGCCUGGGUUUAAAGAAGUCCCCCCUCCAGCUGGCAGGCCGCUCUCCGACGUCUCUGUCCCGUGGGAGCUGGUCAGACGUCGAAGAAUGUCCAGAAACGCCAAUGCAUCAACACCAGCUAAUCUGCCAUGGCUGCUGCACGUUCGUCCAGAUGAGCGAGGAGGAAGUCACUCACGCUCUGUGGAAGUAUGGCAGUUUCUACUGCCAGGACUGCGGCCAGAAAGUGGUGGAAAGCUCCCUGAGCGAACGGUGCAGCGCCUGCAAGCGGGAGUUCCAAUUCUCCGUCUUUGGGCUUGCAGUGAAGGGCUGUGCUAAGCCCGAGGAAUGCCCCGCCUGCACAGAUGGGGAGUGCUGGAUGUUGGUCUAGGUUCCAAACGUGCGCCCAUGUGGAUCGAUUGUUUGUCAAGGGAGCGAUUUGAAGGGCCCGCACACACACACGCACUCAUUUGGCAGCACGAGAAUGAAACUCCAAGUCAGGAACUGGUUGUGGGUGAUGUGUUUGAUGAAUCCUGUGGUUGGUCUUGCGCGAUAGGAGUGCGACUUGCGGUCAAGCGUCGCCGGCCCCUUGUUGCCCGAUAGGCCGGGGAGCCAUGCAGGGGGCCGGCACGAAGACUUUGGAAUCAGAAUGUGUGACAGAUCGAAUGGGCAAACACCAGACACACGACGACCACCGACCGAUAUGGAAUCUGACGGAGGGCCCCAAGCAACUGCAAACAUGAAGCUAAAAUUAUCACGCGUUCCCAAGCCAUUGGCAGGGUGCUUUCCAUUCGCGCUGUGAGCUUUAAGCAGGUCGGCCGUGCAGAAAGCCUUGAUGAGCAGCUCGCGGUGGAAACCAUUGGUGUCUUUUUUAAGUCAAGUUGGCUAGAAAUGGAUGGCACUGGUUUCAUUGUCGUGCUUCAACCAUUGACCAGUGCCAUCUUUUCCCAAAGCUGUGCUGGGUGCAAUUUUCAAGGAGGAGAAGGUGCCUUCAGCAGAAGUCUGAAGGGCCGUUUGCUGGUUGCGAAGAGCACCGACUGCGACAGGACAGCAACCACCUGAGCGACGUUCUAAAA